AAGUCUGGCAGGGUUUCCUGCCCCACCUCUCUUGCUGCUGCCCGACUCCAAGCAAAGGCUGAGACUCCAGCAGAGCGGUUGCCCUGCACCCUGGGUCGGUGGUCCUCCCUGGCCAGCCAUGGCCCACUCACUGCAAGAGGAGGUGGAGCUUGAGAAAAGUGUCCGCCGACUACGAGAGAAGUUCCACGGGAAAGUGGACAUACCAGAUGCUGUAAUGCUGAUGCGGCAGUUCAGCAACAACCAUGACCUCGCCUGCAAGCGCAUCAUCCUCUGUAAAGACGAAUUGGACGAUGAGCCAGACUUGGACCCAGAAGGCAGAGGAAGAUUCAGCAAUGAUCCUGUGGCUCAGAAAGUGGUGGACAAACUGAAGGAAGAAGAGGAGCGAAAGAAACAGGCCUCAAUCAAUGGAAAUGACAAAAUCAAGGAAAUUGCUCAAAAUCUGAAGAUUUUGCCCCUGACUAAAAAGAACCUAGAUAUGUUUAAUCAAGCCAAAAACAACCAGAUCCCUCCAUGUGACCGACAGUUUGCCUGCCAGCCCUGUGACAUCAUGUGGUGGCGACGUGUUCCACAGCGAAAAGAGGUAUCCCGUUGCCGGACGUGUGGGAUCCGUUAUGACCCAGUGCCAUACAACAAAAUGUGGGGCUAUGCAGAAUUCGAGUGUACCUCAUGUCACCGCACCUUUAAGGGAUUUGGGCAGAUGGGGGUCCCAUCUCCCUGCUACAGUUGCCAUCAUCCUGUGUUCCCAAGCCGUAUCCUUCCACCUCGUCGGACCCAGGGGCCAAGAAGCAGACAUCGGCAUGCCUGCUUAGCUGAAGACUGCUUCAACCGAAUAGAGCCCCAUGUACCUGGAACCCACUGUGUGCAUCCUCAAAGCCUACGUAGGAAUAGGUUGGCCAAAGUGCUCUUCGCCAGCCAAGAACAUGACAGCACUGGCUCAACUGUGGCUACCUGCAUCAGUCAAGGAAGUCUACAGGUGGACAUCAAUCAGCUCAUCCUGGAAGAUCUGGAGGAAGCAGACGAAGAGGGAGAUGGCGGGAGCAGCAGUUAAACACUAGUUACCUAGAAUGAUCAUCUUGUGGGAGAUAAAUGGCAAAUUAUGAAUUUAUAGUGACCUGGGGAGCGGUUCUACCUGAUUUCAGAAUGUAUGCCAAUGGCAGUCCAUCCUCACAGAUCCCAUUGAACAUUCAUUGCUCAGCUGCUAUUUAGCUUUACCUUCCUUUCCUUUUUCUGAUGGUCAUAGUGGCAAGCUCACAUCUGCUAUUACAUGAAUAAUGAGGCUUUGAAAAUGUGCCCUAUCCUUCCAACCCACUCAAUGGGUGUCAAGUUGCCCUGUAAAUUUUUGCUGGCCUUGUGUACAAUAGGAUGUACAUUGGGUUGUUGUAGGUUUUUUCGGGCUAUAUGGCCAUGUUCUAGAGGCAUUCUCUCCUGAUGUUUUACCUGCAUCUGAUGUCAGGCACCACCCCCCUCCCCCCCCCUCAAAAUUAAGGGAUAAGGACUUAUAGUUCUGCAAAGGGCAAGGGCACCAGACUACACAACAAGGGUUAAGUCUUGGCCACAUUGCCAAGGCACUGACAACAACAAGGACCCCAUGAGGCUUUUUGGGAAAUGGCUGGAUCUUGGGACUUCUGCCCUUUUGUGAGAGUUGUAGUUCUCCAAGGGCUGAGCGAUGGAUUCUGUUAUUGAUUAACUCAGCGCCCAUCUGCUGGCUUCUGCCUGAAACCAUGACUCUCUGCUGCAUGGACUGGACUGUUUGCCACAACCCUGGCCAUGAACUUCCUAUCAAUGCAUGACUUGAACUGCUAGCAACCUCUGCUUCCACAUGCCCUUCCUAAGAGUAUGGGAUUUCCAGUUUGGGUUAUAAUAAAGAUCGAAUAUUGAAACAAACCUUAUGGGGUGGGAUGGGGUUCCCCUUAUGAACUAUGUAUAAAAGUGUAUCGUAUGAAAUGUAAUAUGCUCCCCUGCCUUUCCUAUUGACCUUUACCCCACAAAAAGGUGACCAGAAGUUGUUGCAAUGCUCGGGGGGAAACUCUCUGCUUCCCCCGAAGCUCUUCCCUGAUUGACUCAUUGCAUGAAACAAUAACUGUUGAUUCCCCCUUCCCGCCUUCUGAGCCUGUCUAGUGGGAAGAGGAAGUCAACAGAAACCUGGAAAAAAGAAUUGAUUAAAUUCACAAAGGCAGCGUU